AUGAAGCCUCUGAAGCUGUUCUGCAUAGGACUGCUCUUAUGCCCUCUGGUUUGUCUCUUCUUAGAGACAGAUACUCCUCCUUCAGCUUUACUUACCUUUGAAGUGAAAGAAAAAACAGGAUUAAAAUCAGGUGCAAUGGAUGUAUUUGCUAUUAGGAAGAAUCCUUCUGACUUCAAAAGACAAAAGACUCGAAUCUCAGGGCUCCGGAGGCCUCAGAUGAUGACCAAGUUUAAAAAUCACUUGUCAGACUUCUUCAAGAGCUCCAUACCUCCAGCAGCCAGUUUUGCUCUUUUUGUCACCAUAGCACUGAUUGAGGCAGCUAUGUUGAGUAAAAGACUUGAAUAG